AUGUCAACAGAACCAGAAAAGGACGUCACACCCCAAAAUGAACCUCAGAGCGAAGUCAAAAUCGAUCCAGGUACAGAGAAGUAUUCCCCUUCUACUACUGGAAGGUCUUCUCCAGAACAACCUGCGCCAAAUGAAUCGCCCAAAGCCCCGUACAACCCAUGGAUGGACCCAGCUUCGUUCCCAGAUGGAGGUCUUCGAGCCUGGCUUACUGUCGCCGGUGCAUCCGCCUGCUUUUUCGUUUCUUGGGGCUGGAUCAACUGUAUCGGUGUCUUCCAAGACUACUACAUGCGCGAUCAACUCAGCGAGUAUUCGCCCAGCACAGUCGCAUGGAUCCCAUCCCUGGAGACUUUCUUCAUGUUGGCAACAGGACCGCUGGCCGGGUAUAUCUUCGACAAUUACGGACACAUGCAUCUCUUGUUCAUUGGAACCUUUUUGCACGUCUUCGGCUUGAUGAUGGCCUCCAUUUCCAAAGAAUACUACCAAUUUCUGCUCAGCCAGGGGGUGUGUUCCGCCAUCGGCGCCUGUUUCCUCUUCACCCCUGCCAUGACCUGUAUAUCAACCUGGUUCUUCAAGAAGCGUGGUAUGGCCAUCGGCUUGGCUGCGUCAGGCAGUUCUCUGGGUGGUGUGCUCUUCCCCAUCAUCGUCAGCCGCAUGAUCGAAGAAACGGGUUUCCCCUGGGCCAUGCGGACUUGUGCCUUUCUGAUCCUGGGUCUCUGCAUCUUCGCCAUUCUGACCCUCCGCUCUCGUCUUCCCCCAACGCGCCGCCAAUUCAAAGUCAUGGCCUUCAUCCGCCCGCUUGGUGAAGUUCCUAUGCUUCUGACCACGCUGGCGGUGUUUUUCUUCUACUGGGGCAUGUUUCCAGUCUUCUCCUUCAUCACGGCCGUCGCCAAUGGACGUGGCAUGUCUCUGGACUUGGCGCAGUAUCUCGUCUCGAUCCUCAAUGCGGGUUCCGUCUUCGGUCGAACCCUCCCUGGUAUCCUGGGCGACAAAGUCGGUCGAUACAAUGUUAUGAGUGUAUUCUGCACCCUCACCACCAUCUUGAUCCUCGCCGUCUGGAUCCCAGCCACAAGUAACGCCGGCCAACUCGUCUUUGCACCCUUGUUUGGAUUCACAUCUGGUGCAGCUAUUGGCUUGACCCCAGCUCUCAUUGCGCAGAUCUCACCCAUCAAAGAAAUUGGUAUUCGGACAGGAACCGUGUUCGGUGCUGGUUCAAUUGGUGCCUUGACAGGAAGUCCGAUUGGAGGAGCUCUCAUCACUCGCGAUCAUGGUGACUUUUUGUACCUACAGCUUUUCGGAGGAUGUACCUGCAUUGUUGGGUGUAUUUUCUUCUUCGUUGCCCGACUUCAUCUCGGUGGUCUCGACCUGAAAAAGAAGAUCUGA